GUAGCCGUGAAGAGCUGCUGGAACGGCUGCAAACAUAUACUCUUCAGACAGGAAUUCUGCUUACCAGGCCUGUUAUGAGAGGAGAUGAAGGAGACAAUUCAGCCCCACCUCCCUUGCCAGGACCGGUCCAAGGCAUUCCUUUGCCCCCACCUCCCAUGGGCAUGCCCCCGAUGCAGCCUCCCCCUCCUCCUGGCAUGGGCCUCAACUUCCCCAUGGGUGUGGGACCUCCUCCACCGCCCCCCAAUCUGGGCGCGCCUCUUCGCAUGCAGAUGGAUCCUUCCUCGUUGCCCGAGGAGGAGCGACUGAAGCUGGCUCAGCAACAGGCCGCCAUGUUGAUCCAACAGGAGGAGAGAGGCAAGCAGGCAGCUGUCCUAAUGGAGCAGGCGCGCCAGCAAGAGAUGUCGAAGCUAGCCCCUUCAGUACCUCGGACAGUUCCAGAUCUUCUAGCAAGAACUCAAGGCCACCCCAGAAUGAGCCCCUCUCCCAGCUCCCCCAUGGGAAUGGCGAGCUCAAGACCCCGUGGCCCCCCACCUCCUCCUGGAGAAGACAGUCGGGAGAUCGAUGAUUCAGGGGUGGGCCCCAAAAUUCCUCAAGUCUUGGAAAAGAUCCUUCAGCUUAAGGAGAGCCGUCAGGAAGAGCUCACAUCUGUACCCGGAGCCACAGACGAUGACAUGGAGACCGAGCUGAGGGUGCUAGCCGGCAUCUCUGCCUCCGAUGCGGAAGACGACGCUUCAGCCAUGUCUAAGAAAGAG